UCCGCGCGGGCUUUUGUGUGGCUAGCCGGAAGUGGUGAACGGGUGUUGUGGUGAUAGGGGAAGGAAAGAGAGGUUUAAACAAAUAUCACAUUCAAAUCAAAAAUAAAAAUUGAAUUAAAUAAAACAAACACAUAAAGUAACGGAGAAUUAUUGAAAGGGGAAAUACUAUUUCUUUAAAACGGAGUAUUUUAUGCUUCGGUUCAGCAGUACAAAGAAAAUAAGUAGCUGUAGGUAGCGACGUCCAAAGAGGAAACAAACAAGACAUGCCACAGAUAGGACGUUAACAUUCGAAUUUCAAAAAGUAGACCGACAGAAAUUACAUAAAGAAGGUCGACGACGGUUGGGCUUGAAAGCAAAAUUAUCUAAAAAGACGCCAGGAUGCUGGGAGGCAGUGGUAUGCUGAAGAGCCAUCAGGAGGUGCUGAGGAGGCACCGAGUUUCCCUGGCGAAGCAGCUGAUUCUAGGAGAGCUGCUUCAGUACCUGCUGGCGGCAGAUAUCCUGACAGACAACAUGGUGGAGACAGUCAUGUCCAAGGUGGGUUCCUUCAGUCAGAACGUGGAGUUCCUGUUUCUGCUCCCGAAGCGUGGCCCGCGGGCCUUCGAGGAAUUCUGUGCAGCACUCCGGGAGACUAAGCAGGAGCACCUAGAGAAACUGCUCCGGCAGAACAUCGCAAGAGAGAGCAGUGUGGAUACUAUACUGUCCUGCCCCAUACAGGAAACUGAGGGAGUCAAACCAAAAAGACCCCGCAGACAUGAGUCCAUGGAGUUGAGUCUGGAUGGAGGCGACGGGCCCCUGUGUCCGACCGUCCUGUCCUGCACACCUGAGUUCUACAUGAAGCAUCAUGAACAGUCCUAUCGCAUGCUGUCGAGCCCUCGUGGCCUGGCUCUGGUGGUCAGUAACGUCCAGUUUGACCCCACAACCCAUGACCUGGAUUUUCGGAGCGGGGGGGAGGUCGAUGAGAUCACCCUGACAAACCUCUUCUCAGCCUUAGACUUCCGUGUCAAAGUGCUCACCAACAAAACAGCGGAGGAGAUGAGGGCGGAGCUCGAACAGUUUUCCCGGCUGGAGGAGCACCGACUGGCUGAUGCCUGUGUGGUGGCUGUGCUGUCACACGGAGUGGAGGGGGCCGUGUACGGAGUUGAUGGGAAGCUGGUGCAGCUGGAUGAAAUCUUUCAGUUUUUUGAUAACAGCAGCUGCCCCAACCUGCAGAACAAACCCAAAGUGUUCUUUAUCCAAGCCUGUCGGGGAGACGAGACGGACUCUGGAGUGGACCAGCGGGACGGGCCGGACCAGUCCGAAUCUCCGGGCUGCGAGCAGAGGGAUGCUAGGAAGGAGAAGGAUCUGAAAGUGAGGCUGCCCACCCAGUCCGACAUGAUCUGUGGAUACGCCUCCCUCAAAGGCACGGCAGCUCUGCGCAACACAAAACGAGGCUCUUGGUUCAUUCAAGCGGUCAGUGAGGUUUUCUAUCACAACGCCAAGGACAAGCAUGUAGCCGACAUGCUGGUCAAGGUGAACUCCCUGAUCAAACAGAGGGAAGGUUUUGCACCUGGGACAGAGUUCCACCGCUGCAAAGAAAUGUCUGAGUACCGCAGCUCGCUCGACAAAGACCUAUACCUAUUCCCAGGAUAUCAGCCAAGCCUCUAAAACACACACACACAGACCCACAGAGACACAAAGAGAGACACACACUCACAAACACGCAGUCAGACAUACAAACACAGUGAGAGAUGCACACAGACACAGUGAGACACACAGACAGUGAGAUGCACACAGACCCAGUGAGAGACACAGACACAGUAAAAGACACAGACACAGUGAGAAACACACACUCACAAACACGCAGUCAGACAUACACGCAGACACAGUGAGAGAUGCACACAGACACAGUGAGACACACAGACACUGUGAGAUGUACACAGACACAGUGAGACACACAGACACAGUGAGAGAUGCACACAGACACAGUGAGACACACAAACACAGUGAGAGAUGCACACAGACACAGUGAAAGACAGA